AUGCCGAAAGUUAAACUUUCCAAAUCAGAAAAUGCGAGAAAGAGACAUCGUAUCAAUACAGUAGAAAAUACUGAAAAAGAAAAUCACGUUGAUGCAGUUUUCAUUCCUGAUCCAGACGAUUCUGGUGAAUCUGAUCAUAUUGAAGAUGAUUUGUCGUCUAUUGGUGACGAAGGUAAUAAGCAAGGUGAUAUUGAAAUGGGUGAAGAGUAUUCAAAGACUCAGACAUUUCAGUCGUACCAGAAAGUAUUGGAAAAUUAUAGUACAAGUCAGAAAAAAUUGAAAGAAGAACAUAUUUAUAAUUGGAUUGAUGGAGAGAUGAUGUAUAGUGAUACUCUAGCAAAUGAUAUCUUACUGUCUGAGGUACAAAAGAAAAAAGUUCUUGCUAGUUCACCAACAGAUUUAUUUGAAAGUAUUAUUAUUUCCACAAUGUUUAACAAACGAUUGUCACAAAGAGAUUAUUGGUCUUCAAAAACUUUGCUACGGUCUGAUGUAGUAACAUCAUCUAUGGGCCGUCGUGAAUUUGAAACUAUAAAAUCUAGCAUCAAAUUUUACAAACCAGACGAUGAAGACGCAAAGGAUAAGGCCUGGCGUGUACGUCAAAUUCUGAACAUUUUCAAUGACAAUAUCAAGACUUUUGGAUAUUUUUGUACAGCACUUUCUAUUGAUGAAAUUAUGAUAAAAUUUUACGGAAAAAUCAGUUUCAAGCAAUUUAUCAGAGGAAAACCGAUUCGAUUUGGUAUCAAAAUGUGGGCAUUAUGCGGUUCGAAUGGUUACUUAUUUCAUUUUGAUAUUUACUGUGGCAAAAAUAAAAAAGUGGAUUUCCUACCCAGAAUUGCUCAAGGUAGUCAAGUUGUUUUACAAAUGCUUCAAGAAUUUUUGUUCAAGACUUCUCCUCGUAAUAGACUUCAGUGUCAUAUCUAA